AAGUAUGGAAUUAGGCUAACUUAACAUUAGGCUACAAAUAUUCGUUGUUUCUUUGCACAUAAAAUAGGCCUAUGACAGUGAAGAGAGUUAAUAAAUCCAAUCGGGCUGAAGUAAAAACCUCACGUGGGGAAUACAUUGUAUUUCUAGAAUUUACAAAAGAACAUGAUGUAAACUUCUGCACUUGUUUCGCGUAUAAAUCAAUAGCCUAUAUGUGUAUGUGUGUGUGCAUGAGGUCAUAGUUCCAUGAGUUUCAACAUGCGGGGGAAAAAAAUGACAAUAUGGAGAUAAGACGCGUGCUGUCAAUUGUCAAUGCUAUUGCAGAAACGAGCAGAAAGGUGGCUGUCAACUCGUAGGUCUAAAGAGAGUGAAAGAGAGGGAGAGAGAGAGCGAGAGAGAGAGGUUAGGAGCUCCGUACGCAUCCUGCUCCAGAUGGUGAUUUAAACGCAGACAGAAGGCUACAGAGGGAUAGAGAGAAUCACAAGACUGCACACUAGACCCGCGAGCUCAAAAUAAUCGAAAACGACCAAAACACGAAAUGAGCGACAACAAGGACAACCAUUUAGGCGCUCGAAAUAUGAUGAAAGAUUUUUACUGACUGGAGUUGACAACAGCAUCUCAAGCCAUUUGUUUCAGUGGAAUGAGCGGUCCUCGAUGCCUGAACAGUUGGAUCGGUUGGCAAUGACGGUCUGAGAAGCGUGGUGUCUGCUGAGCAAAAUCGAGUGAUUCAUUCGGCUUUGACAUGAUCAAACAACGGGAGACUCAUUUUACGGAUGUAUAAAGACUUGAUAUUGUAAAGUCAUUUGGACGACUGUGUGCCAAACAACGGUUUCAAAGUCGUCUACCGAGGAGUAGCAUUUGGAACAAGAGGAUCCAUGCCCAAAUGAAUUUCAUAUUUUUUACAUUGGAUGUAGCCUACGGCGCGCAUCGGACAAGGAUUUGUGAAGUAGUCUAUUUUCUCUGACAAUUUUAAGAUUACACAAAAUAUUUAUAUUUUGUAUCAGUUUGCCGACGGUGAGCACAAAUGUUAAUACAUAUCUGAAUCAACUAUCACUGUGGUUUCUUUACUGUAUUAGCCUAUCCUUGCUAACAGAAAAUUAGAUCUAAAGCAGCUCACAUUUAGAUAACGAAGAGAAGUUGUGAUUUCCCCCCCUCAAAAUCCAGAUAAACUGUUGGUUUUUACCAUCGAAAACGGACAGUAAACCAAAGACUUCUAUGUAACUAAAGGAUCACAAAGCUCUGUCUAGCUUUGCGAUAUAGUUUUCAAUUUAUAUCUAAGAAGUGAAUUACCUCAUCAUUUAUUGAACCGAAAAGUCAACAACACCGCUUUGAAUCCAAAGGAAACAAAAUUAUAUAUUUUUUUGACUGUAAAAGUGUCGAAUUUAUCGUUUUUUUCUCUCUCUCUCUCUCAAUAUCUUUCAUUAUCAAAGAGAAGGAAUAACACCUUUAUGAAUUGUGUUCAAUAUCUCCGAAGGCUUUAUCCUUUCUUUCAAAAAAUGAGGAUCGGGGCGUUAUAAUCGUCAUUAUUUGGCCUGGAUUAUCUUCGCUGCAAUUACCUCAGCCUUGAACCCGACCUUCACAAAGUAGCACAGAACAGAAGGUUGGAACAAUGCCCGAUUCACCUGCUGAUGUCAAAACCCAGCCCAGGUUGACUCCGCCCACAAUGCCACCUCCACCCCCGGCCGUCAGCCAGGCACCCAAUCGCAACGCUUCAUUCACACCCACCACCAGUAGGUCAAUGCUGAACGGGAGCAGUCACUCAAGUCACUCGCCCACGUCGCUCAACGGGGCGCCCUCUACACCCAACGGCUUCAGCAACGGCCCCGCCAUGUCGUCCACCGCCUCCCUGUCCAAUCAGCAGCUGCCGCCGGCCUGUGGCGCCCGCCAGCUCUGCAAGCUCAAGCGCUUCCUCACCACGCUGCAGCAGUUCGGCAACGACAUCUCGCCCGAGAUCGGAGAGCGGGUCCGCAGUCUGGUGCUGGGCCUGGUGAAUUCCACCCUGACCAUAGAAGAGUUCCACUCCAAACUCCAGGAGGCUACCAACUUCCCACUGCGUCCCUUUGUCAUUCCGUUCCUCAAGGCGAACCUGCCCCUGCUUCAGAGGGAGCUCCUCCACUGUGCACGGAUGGCCAAGCAGACUCCCGCCCAGUAUCUGGCCCAGCAUGAGCAGCUGCUGCUGGACGCCAACGCCAGCUCGCCCCUGGACUCCUCUGAGAUCAUGAUGGAGAUCAACGAGCAUGGCAAGAGGAGGACCCCCGACAGGACCAAAGACUCGGAGAGAGACGGGCACCACCCGGAGCACCUGGCCAAGCGGCCCUGCACCAUCAGCCCCAGCCAGCGCUUCAGCCCCAGCACUGGCCUGCCAGCCCACCCGCCCCCCAACGGCCUGCCCACGCACCCCCCCAACGGCCUGUCUCACCCCAACCCUCCUGCCCCCCAACACUACCGUCUGGAGGACAUGGCUCUGGCCCACCACUACCGCGAUGCCUACCGCCACACAGCAGAGCACCGCGAGGCUCGCGACAGACACCGGCAGACAGCCGUGCAUGGAGCACGCCAGGAAGAAGUGAUCGAUCACCGCCUGACAGAUCGGGAGUGGGCCGAGGAGUGGAAGCACCUCGAUAAUGUACGUGUUGCUGGGCUGCUCAACUGCAUCAUGGACAUGGUGGAGAAGACACGGCGGUCUCUCACGGUGCUGCGGCGUUGCCAGGAAGCCGACCGCGAGGAGAUGAACCACUGGAUCCGGCGCUACAGCGACGUGGAAGAUAUGAAAAAAGGUGGGAGCAACGGCCAGCCACGCCCUCCUCCUCCUCCUCUACCUCUACCUCCUCACAACUCCUCCUCCAACACUCCUAACAACGUCGAGACACAGCAGCCCAUAGAGAUUCAUAGGGACUUCCUGCACAGACCUGCGUCUGGCUACCUACCUGAGGAGAUCUGGAGGAAAGCUGGUGCUACAAGUAUCCCACUCUCCCCAGCACUGAAGCAACUCCAAAACAAGCAGGAGGAGGCAGUGAACGAGGUGAAGAGGCAGGCCAUGUCGGAGCUACAGAAGGCUGUGUCGGACGCUGAGAGGAAGGCCCAUGAGAUGAUCUCCGCUGAGAGGUCCAAGAUGGAGAGGGCGCUGGCCGAGGCCAGAAAACAGGCCUCUGAGGAUGCACUGACCGUCAUCAACCAGCAGGAGGACUCCAGCGAAAGCUGCUGGAACUGUGGACGCAAGGCCAGUGAGACGUGCAGCGGCUGCAACACGGCACGCUACUGCGGCUCCUUCUGCCAGCACAAAGACUGGGAGAAGCACCACCACGUCUGUGGCCAGGGUCUACAGGGCCUCCCCGGGGGCAGCAGUGUUCCUCUGGGCACCCCCUCCUCCAGCGCACCCCCUACACACUCAGAGAGCACCCCCCCUGGUCCACUCUCCCUGCCCGGCCAGACCAGCGGUGGUGGGGGAGGCAGUCUCUCCGGGAGUCCUAAGGAGGCUAGCUCCAGCAGUGCCUCACGCUCCACCACCCCAGCGACCCCUGCACUGCUGGACGCCACCUCUCGCUGACCCCGCCCUGCCACGCCCAGUCACUCCCACUGAUGCUACAGUACAGCUGCCAUCCAUCCUAAAUGAACAGAGGAAUCUCCAUCGAUCGCACUGCACCCUUUCCUUCUUUUGUACGGCAUCUGUAGUGGUCCUACCGUGAAUACUGCACCGUUGACUACUUCUUAGCUACCCGAAGGCCACGUUUUCUCAACUCCUCAACCUCCCCCCAAAAAUCGUUCUGACUGUCUCUCAGCCGCACAGACUUUCUCUCUGUCAAACUCGAAACUAGUCAAGGGGUCCACUUGUUGUGUUUAGCAUGGCUAGGGCUUAAUUUACUGAAUUCUCAAAAUAAACCAAUGCAGAAGCAGAACUUCCUAUCUAUUACAACAAACAAAAAAACACACCAGACUUGGUUAUUGAACUCUGACAAUGUCGUGUGAAGAUAAGCAUUGUUAUAUGCCAGACCAACACGUGGCCUCAGUAACAUAAGCCCAGUCAACGCCUGUGUAUGUUGGGGGCUUGCAUCGCAUGAGACUCGUUAUGGUACCACACUUAUUGUGAAGAAGAGAUAUCUGAAUUUAGCACUUGGAGAGGAUUUCCCUUUAACGCAGCAGGAGUGGGAUGACUCUUAACCCCCAGCAUGUGCACUAACAGCCCAGACCUCUGAGAGAUGGAUAGAUAGAUGCGUCUAUAGAACAGGCUCCUCUGUGUACUGGGCCAUGGACAUGUCCUGAUUGAGGUCCCCUAUCUAAGAAGCCAGACACCAGUCCGGAAACCCCUGUUCUGAUGUAGGAGAGGGGAUAAGAUACACUCAUGGUGCGAUUUUGUUUCCCCCUCAGAAACUCUUCCAUAAUACGGCUAAUUAUUUAUCUAAUGAUUCAUUUUUGGGCUUUAAGGAAGACAAAGAAAAGUCCAAAUAUUCUAAUCAAAUAAUAAUAAUAAAAAAAAUUAAAAAAGUGAACUACCUUGCUAGCGAGCCAAGAAAAUGACACCGGACUCACCUCUCUGUACCGAUGUGAACCCAAAUGAAUUCAAAGAAGGAAUAAAAAAAAAAAAACAUGAUCCAAACCUUUUUAUUACACUGCCAAAGUUACUAAGAGACAAGGAGAAGCACUCAUCUUGUAACCAAACGCAAGCAACUUCACCUCCUCAGCAGCAAAGCUCUGGGAGAUAAAGCCUGUAGAGCAACAACAGGAGUCACACUAAAACUCUAUAUUGAGUGUACUGUAGCUGGCCUCUGUCAGCCUGAAAAUACCCACAGUGAUCCACAGAGAGAGAAAUCCAGAGCAAACAUUUGAAACGCCUGCCACAAUAGACAAUUGAAAUGGGAGGACGAACCACUGAAUGUGACAGUGAUUUAUGUAAAUGGCAACGGAAUGGACAAAGAAGCAGCUACUUGGCCUCAAAAAGAAGAUGAAAGGCAUUGGAACUGCCAAAAAUAACCUCAAAAAAACUGAUAACCUGUCCAAGCAAGAAUUGUACAGUACGGACAAGACUUUUGUUCCUAAUUAUGUUUGUUUUUUUAACUCUAUCAAGAGGAUACAUUUCAGUGAGUCGUACCUUUUCACCCUCUUUUUCCAAAGCAUGACAAACAGACUAACGAGCCUCAUAAGCGGUGUAGACUCAGUUCUCUUCUCUCUCUCUUUCUACCUCCCCCCCACUUUCCCGUAUGUUCCUCCCUAAAACUCUCUCGUUCCUCUGUCAACCCUACCCCCUUUGGACAUAACCUCUGAGCAGAUAUCUGGGAAGGGAUCAAACCUGCUUGUAGAUAUUCCUUUCUUUGUUUCUCGAUAAAAAAAAAAUGUGUCUCUGUCUCUGGUGUCCACCUGUGCUGCCCUUGUGCGUUUUCAGAAAGAGGGACUUUUCUUCUUUUUAAGUUUGGACAAAACAUUGAAGCAGGAGCAAAGACUCUAGGAGAGAAAACCCCAUGUUGUACUUAUCGUUCAAUUUGUUGUAUCUUUAUCAAUGAAAAGAAAAUCCUCUUGUAGAAUAUUUUAUAUUGCUCGCAUUGUAAGACAGUGAGAGGACAGAGGUGCAAUAUGAAGAGAAUUCAGCUACUGGGUGGAACCUCAGCAACUACCCAUAGGGGGUCAUAUAAUAUAGAUACAUAUAAAUAUAUUUAAAAUAACAUCAGUAACUUAAUGUGAAUGUACAUAGUAUUUAAAGAGGUCCAAAAAUGUGUUUGCCAAAUAACAGAAACCUUGAAAGUAAUGUACAAUGUCCAGAAUAUGAUUUCUUUCCAGUUCAUUUUUUAAUCAAAGGAAUUUUCAUUUCUCAUAAAUCCUUCUUUUCUACCAGAUUAGCAAAAUCUGUUGAGUGUGUAAUCUCAAAAAGAUGUUAUGAGGAGGGAGUCACAGUUCUUAUAGCUCCCCCUAUGAUUGAUGGCAGCGUACUCCUCUGACUCCCUUCAAGAGGAGCCAGCUAUAGCUCUCAUGACAGGCCCAAGAGGAUGGUUUUAAAGAGGAGAAAGAGAGGCUUAUCACACAUUGAUUCUAAAAGCGUCCUAGCAUGAGGCUAAAUUACUCCACUACUCUGGAUAUUGGAUUCAGAACGCAAGAACUUGUGCCCAAUAAGUUAUCUGUAUCUGUGUGAAACAUUGCCAUCCAUUGGGCUGAAGUGCCACUGCAGUGGGCCACACUGAAAACCCUGUGGGCUGCCCUCAAAACAAAGCCAACACACUGGUCUGGAAGUCUGAAGCUUAACCUAACCAUGAUACUACCCAAUCCUUUCACUGGUUAUUUUUUUCUUACUCUGUCCAUAGAUUUGUUUGUGAAGAUGCAGUCUCAGUCAUUUUUUCCUCGUGUAGCUUUAGGAUCCUAGCAAGGCAAAAAGGACUCAGAACCUGGGAGAGUUGGAACAGAUCUCUUCACAAUCACAGACUAACAGGGAGGAAUGCCAUCUCAUACAGUAAUGUCAUCACAAGCUAUAAGUUAAAACAUCAUUAAGUUAGAAUUACAGGCUCAAAUGGCUUUCAGACAUAGCAUUAAAUAGGGACUGUACCUGCCAUGUUAAAAUGAAUGAUAUAAUAAUCCCUAACCAAUUGGCCACAUAACUCUAAAAUGGACCAAGCUUUUGUGUUGUUUUAUGUUCUACUGUUACAAGUAUGGUCUGCCAGGCUCUUUCACAUGUAAAACCUAGAGUGACAUAUCGACGCAGAAACGAUUAGAUGUCAAUUAGCAUUGACAGUGUUGUUUAAUUUAUCACAUAUGUACAUGAUCUAUUUUCCUAUAUGUCAGUAUCAAAAAGUAAUAUAUAAAUCGUUCAAGUGUGAUAAGCUGCGAGGUACCCUGCAUCUGCGUGUAUAUGUGUGUCGUAUGUUAUUACCGGUGUAUUGAAAUGACUUCAGCCUGGUUAUGUUUCUAAACCUCUUCAGCCCUCUGCUCUUUAACCCCCACCUGAACAUCCCUCCUGUCUCCUGACCCACCACAAGCUACCUCCUGUGACCCUGCAGCACAUGACUGGGAGAGGUCACUGAGCUUUGGGAGCAGGGCUGCGAGCAGACAUGCAAACUCACACAAACAUCAGAGCAAAUAGGAAACAAACCCGAAAGGUCUAAUACUGAUUACUUUGCAAUGUGUAUAUUUUCGCACCUCAACCUCUUGUCAGUCAGAAAUAGUGAUCAAAGGAGGAACACUCAGAUGAUUUUGAUUCUAGGACUCUCUGCGUACACAACACUGUCCAGGGUUCGAUAUACAGUAAUUCCUUCCAUCCCCAAGCUGAACGUAAAACCAUUACAUGCCAUUUGUAGUCCACAACAAAUAAAAGCACAGACCAAAGUAUUUCUGCACGGCGGUGCAUUUUGACAUUGUGUAGAGAAAGACCAGAAAUAAGGAGGCUUGAGGCCAACUAUACCUGUUAACCAAAGUGUCUGAAAUAAACACAUGCUCAAAGCACAAGACAAAAACAAACAACCAACGCAUCUGUGAAGGUGGAGAUUUGUAGAUUAUUUAUUCAAGCAAUCAAAGCGCUUGUUUCUACAUAUCUAAUGCCUCAGAUAAGACUACAGAAACAUCUCCGGAAUGCGUAAUGAUUGCUUUGAGUUUUCUUCCUAAGCCUUGCUUACAGAUGGAAUAAAUGCAUGGUGUGUGUGUGUGUGUUUGUACUUGUUUUUCUCUUUUCACAGUUUCUCUGUACAAACUACUUGAACCUUCAGAGCUUUAAUGAAACAUCUCAGUCAGAAUAAUGGCAGAGAAUUCUAAAGAUGUAGCAGUGCACUGAGAGGGAAAGACAGAGUGAACUCACCCACCAUAUUAUCCACAACAUUACCGUAGGUUUUGACGACAUUUCAAUACACAUUAUCCUUUAAUGCUCUCUGUGUGCUUUGCUUGUCUGCGAAUCAACCCUGAAACACAAUAACUCUUUGAUUUGUCACAACUUGUGGCAAAAACUAUUUUUAUUGACCAAAAAAAAAAAUGUGUGUUUGGUAAUAUCUAUCACACCAUCUCUCUCUUUCUCCGCUGUCACUUCUUUAGCCCAGCAUUGGGGCACAUGUUCUUUGGGUAGGUCUAUACUGGGGUAUAGAGGUCUAUACUGGGGUUGAUGCUGUUGGACAUUUGGCCAAGUAAGCUGUCACUGAAAGGACAGCUGAAGUAGAGUUAGCAUGCUGAGUUCCUGUUCUGUGUGACCCACUGGAGAGAAAGACAACUAAUUCUCUUUUUUUUAUGGCCAGACAAGGUCAACAAGGUUCCUAAAGUGGUAUUGGCUCUGAGGAAAGGAUUCACGUUCUGGACAUGGAAUAAUGGAAGACCAACUGUGUGUGGAGUGUUCUAUUUCAUUCAUGCCCUGUGAUGACUCAUGUCAUAAUGGGGUAUUAGGAGGACUGUUCCUGCCUCUAAUGUAAAAUCUACAUAACCUGGAGGUCUUUAACUCUUAUAUAUAGAUAAAGACUGUCAUUCAUUCACACAUACAGACCACUUUCUUAUCUCUUUAGGUUUUUAUUACGGCAUACAUGAAGAGGGCAAAUUCUGUGUUUUCGAUGGUAAAUACUAGCAUGUUGGCAUCAGCCUCUCCCUAACCAUUUACCACCUUUCUGUCAAUGGAGUUUCCUGGCUCAUCUGAUUUUAGCGAUUGAUUGCCCUGUAAAGCCCGCACUGAUACAAAGCUGAGAUGGCAAAAGUGGAUACAGCUCUUGGUCUCCCCAAGCCAUGGUAGGGAUGAAAGUGUUGUUUUUUUGUUACAUUAUUACUUCAAGACAAACAAAGACUUGGUUUUAUAUGUGUAGGGAAGCAUUAUAUACUGUAUUGUGCAAUACAUUAUUACAGAAAAGAAAUGUUUCUGUAGGAAAGGUUGGCGCUUUGAAGAAAAAUGUAUUUUCCUCUUUAAGGGUCCUAUUACCAUUCUUUAGAUGAAGUGAACUGUGCCAGAAGAAUUUAAUUGUGAUUUUUAUUUAUUUAUUGCAUGCUUUCCUUCCCUUUUUGCUAUUCCCCUUCUUUAACUGUGCGCUAUGUUGGAUGUGUGAAGCUGUAAACAUUCUAAUUCAGGUUAUUGUCUGUGUUGAGCUAUGUAACUGCGUAAUUAAAAAUGAAAUGAAAUAUCAAA